UGGUCUUUUGUUCAGCUAAAGAAAACCCAAACUAUAAACAUAUUGUUUGUCCUGAAAGCUGAUUGAUGUGAUUCAGAAUGACAAAUGCAUUUAGAGUAACAGUUGAUGGAGGAGACGGUACUGUACUCGCACAUGAUUGAAAUGACACCGUCAAGUGUCUUGCCUCUUAUACUCAAGAAUGUCUGCGUUCUGUAUGGUACGUCAUGGUUUGUGAUGCCAUCCCAAUAAGCUACCGGCUCCCCGUACAACAGUCAAGUAGGAGAGAACAUUACUGCGAUCUUAUCAAGUUGUCUUAUAUGUUGAGCUGUUACAGAGAGUGUUGGAUUCGUCAAAUUGUAACUGACGCCUGUAAACUGCUGACUUUUAUUUUUGCAAGUCCAACAUCCGAAGUGAUGAAAAUGCAUCGUGUAAAAUGUGCAUUUCCGGUCGCCGUUGUGGUGGCCUGCUUCCUUUGUGGGUUUCAUGUUGGCCGAGUGAAACAGGUUACCAAAAGAUUCACUAGACAAAAGACCGAGGUGUGGGAUCGAGUCUCGCACUCACCGUUGGCACUGCCGACGCGAUGGACGGCAGCCCCAACCUCGCCGACAACGCGACUGUCGGAUUGCACCGUGGAAGAUGUCAGAAAGAGACCGGGUGUAAUUGUGUUAACAACGACCAACACGGGUUAUCUGGACAUCCUGUUGAACCUACUGGAGAGCAUUAAACGAACCGGUGUCUGCCCUAACGUAACCAUCAUCGCUGAAGAUCCCCAAGCUCACGCAUUCUUACUCGGGAUAAGUAGUGGUCAACCCGGACUAAACAUUUUGAAGACCAAUUCUGGAUUCAUGACCUCACAGAAGCUCAUGUUCGGAACCAAGGUGUACAAGAAAUUGGUAAACAAGCGAGCGGAGUAUCUGUUAAGCUUCCUCGAGAAAGGCUUGGAGGUGAUGUUCACCGACACGGAUACGUUUUGGUUCCGCGACCCUUUCCCAUACUUCCAAGGAGAUUUCGAUGUGGCCAUGCUUGACGAACUUCUGAACUACCCCGAACGGAAUCCGACCUCCAGAUUCUGCGCUGGUUUGGCUUACUUCAAACCCACUGAGCGUACCCUUCGGUUCGUCAGAGAGUGGGUGCGACGAAUGAAGGGGGACAAAAAGAAGAAAAGAACCCCUGACCAGGACGUGAUGAAUAACAUGCUUCUUCAUGAUCAACCGGUUCACAUGGAGGUAAGAUCUCUCAAACCAAGCUUCUUCCCGAAGGGAAAACUCUUUUACAACAACAAAUGGCGCCGUGUGAACAACAACACGGCCGUAAUGCACAGCAGUAUGAUUUUGGGGCAUGAUAAGAAAGUCACGUACUACAAAGAACAUAACAUGUGGCUCCCCAUUGCCAGCAAUUUUUCUAACAAAUUGUAGCUUAUACGUAGACCUUUGCCAAUUUCAGACUCCAAUAUUUCUCAGUGUGUACUGGUAUCAAGUUUAAAGACAAAGUACGGGUUUGUUAAUUCUUGAAAAAUGGGGGGUAGACCCCUAUACGCCCUUCGCAUUAGGAAUGUUAAUUAUCGUUGUUUACCUCUGAUAGUAUACUGAUUGUCUAAGACUAGUCAUGCGGUCAAUGUAUGCUAUUAUAGUUAAGAUCAGCUCUGCGAACUUCAAUAGCUUAAAGAAAGGCCCUUGAAUACAACAAUUGUACAAAUUAUGCAAGAAGCACACAAAUAUUGAUGUUAUUUACCCUUGGAAGUAUUUAUUAAUGGCAACAUCAAUGAGAGAAGCCGGUCUUUACUGCUUGGCAUUCACCUAGGUUGGUGGCUGGCUGUUAAUGGACCUCGUCUUCAGCUUGGUACAUUAACAGCGACCAGCCACCAACGCGGUCAUUAACUUCCAUUGCCUAAUAUUGUUAUCAUUAUUAUUUAUUCAGCAGAGAUAUCAACGGAAAGGUUUCCGUAUGGCGCCACCACUUUUUCAUU